AUGUUGCCCAAGACUACUAUUGCACUAGCCGUCGCGUUUCCUGCCAUUUCAGCAGCCGCCCCGACUAUCAACAAGAGGAUCAUUGGCGGAACGGAUGCCGAGAUCGGUGAUUUCACAUCCAUGGUUUCCAUCCAAAUGGGUAAUGACCUUUGCGGAGGCACUUUGCUUAGCAAGUACACUGUUCUUAUUGCUGCCCAUUGCCUUGGGGCGGCAAACAACGAUACCGUCGCAAAGGCAGGAGUGGCGGAUAAUAAAAAAGACGGAGAGUAUAGUAGUAUUAGGGAGAUCAAGGUGCACCCUGAUUUCAACACCUAUGGUCAUUACACUCUUGAUGACAUUGCCCUCGUCUACUUGAAAGAGGGAUUUGACGAGGGCGAGACAAUCGCCUAUGCGAAUCUAGCAGUAAACGGCUCGGACCCCGAGGUCGGUUCCGAGCACAUCGCCCUAGGCUGGGGCACACAAAACUAUGAGAAAUUUAAAGACCGACCUGAUCCGACUGAUAAACUGAGCAAGGUUGGUCUCGAAAUUUAUCCACGCGGACACUGCUGGAGCCGCCUCUUGGGUGCAGGCAAGACUGGUGCAGAAACAAUCGUAUGCGCUGGCGGGAGAGGCAAGAAUGUAUGCAAGCACGAUGACGGUGGUCCUCUUAUCGAUCAGAAGAAACGCGUAGUCGGUAUCGCGUCGUUGGUUAUAAAGGAUCGAGGAGGCAGCUAUUGCAACCUGGAGCCCUCCGUGUUUACCAGAGUCGGCAGCUAUUCCGAUUGGAUCAACGAAAAUCUUGUGACGGAGCCUCCUACGUCAACGGAAGAGCAAACAGACUUCUCCUUUGAGUUUCCCAAAUUGAUCAACGGAGAUGUUGAGGCGAAGCCUCCUGCGUCAACGGAAGACGACGUCUACGUUGAGUUUCCAAGCCCGACUAAGCCCGUGCCGACCAGCGUACCGACGGUGAGCAACUUUCCACCAAAUCUGAACAUAGUGGUUACAGAUGUUUGUGAUAGACGUGGCCUCGGUUCUGACAACUCUUGUCCACCCGUGGUCAAGUAUUGCAUCUUUAAAUUCAAGGAGGACGGUUAUAGUUCCACAAACGCCUGUGUUGGUGCAUUCGAAAAGGCAGGGUUGAUGACUGCCACUAAAAACAAAGAGGCAGGGUUGACGCCUGGCACUGAAAAUCAGGGCACUGAAAAUCAGGGCACUGCAAAUAAGGGCACUGAAAAUCAGAUGUGCUCUUCGACUUAG